CAAGUUUGCAUGCAUUCUAACCGUUUUUCCACCCAACAAAGCAAUCCUUUCUGGUUGCUGCAAAUUGCAUCCCCCCCCUCGUCAUCAUGGCAACACGAAUGAGACCUUUUGUAAUUUUCUUCCAUCGGCCUCUUUGAUGAUCUUUAUUGGCGUAUGAUAUGAAGCAUCAAUUCCAAUGCUUGGCACUUGAAGCACUCGGCAAACUCGCCAGAGAAAUUUUCCAAAGAAGAAGGCUCCCAUGAUGGAAGACGACGGCAUGGAUUUCAGCCCUCAGAAAAACAGUAAUGAUUUCGACCGCGACAGCUUCGAAGACGAUGAAUUCAUCGAAAUUCAAUCUGCAACCUCGAAAGCACCUGCUCACUCGCAAGGCCCUCCUGAUAGGAAACCAAAGCCCAAGAACAAGCCAGCUAAGAUCGAGAAACCUAGCCCGGCCAAUCUGCACCACGUCUCUACAAUGAGCCCGGGGCUGCCCCACUCCCAAACAUCCGAAACAAUCGCAACGAGCGCGAACAAUUCCGAAACCGUCGUCGGCAAUGGUAGCUUGGAGAGCAGCCGUAGCACCCGGAGCAACAGCCUAGAGAGCAGCAUCAGCUCGGCGUCGGCGUCGGCGUCGUCGGCGAACGUGAAGCGGCACACUGGCGGGGACAGCCGGUGGGAGGCGAUCCAGCAGGCGACGGCCCAGGAGACGGCUCUCAACCUUGGCCACUUCCGGCUGCUGAAGCGGCUGGGCUACGGCGACAUCGGCAGCGUGUACCUGGUGGAGCUCCGCGGCACGUCGGCCUUCUUCGCGAUGAAGGUGAUGGACAAGGCGUCGCUCAUCAGCCGGAAUAAGAUGGCCCGCGCGCAGACGGAGCGCGAGAUCCUCGUCCUCCUCGACCACCCCUUCCUCCCCACGCUCUACACCCACUUCGAGACCGACAAGUUCCACUGUCUCGUCAUGGAGUACUGCAGCGGCGGCAACCUCCACUCCCUCCGCCAGAAGCAGCCGGCCAAGCAUUUCACCGAGCAGGCCGCCAGGUUUUACACCGCCGAGAUACUGCUUGCCAUGGAGUACUUGCACAUGCUGGGGGUCGUUUACAGAGACUUGAAGCCAGAGAACGUGCUGGUCAGGGAGGACGGCCACAUCAUGCUGUCGGACUUCGACUUGUCGCUGCGGUGCUCCGUCAGCCCCACGCUCGUCAAGUCGUCUUCGGUACACCACACCAGCGGGAACGUCGGCGCCGGCGCAGGCGGCAUUGGCUCGGCCGGCGAGGGCGGCGAAGGAUUGGGUCCCAACCAGGGUUGCAUCCAGCCGUCGUCCUUCUUCCCGCGCAUCCUGCCGCGCCGCAGCCGGAAGGCGUCCAAGAGCGAGGUGAACCUCAACGCGGCGGCCGCGGUGGAGUUCAACGCGGAGCCGUCGGACGCGCGCUCCAUGUCGUUCGUGGGCACGCACGAGUACCUUGCGCCGGAGAUCAUCCGCGGCGAGGGCCACGGCAGCGCCGUGGACUGGUGGACGCUGGGAAUCUUCCUCUACGAGCUGCUGCACGGCACCACGCCCUUCAAGGGCGCCGGCAACCGCGCCACGCUCUGCAACGUCAUCGAGCAGCCGCUGCGGUUCCCCUCCGACUUCGGGGGCCCCGCCGGCGGCGCAAGUGCCGUCGCACGGGACCUCAUCCGCGGGCUGCUCGUCAAGGAGCCACAGAAGCGAAUUGCGUUCACGAGGGGCGCCACGGAGAUCAAGCAGCACCCGUUCUUCGAGGGCGUCAACUGGGCGCUGGUGAGGAGUAUGGCGCCUCCGUCGGUGCCGGAGCCAGUGGACUACCGGCAGUACGCAGCUGCCACCGGCAAGGAGAAGAAUGCAGCAGAGAGCGCAACCGCCAAGUCGAGCACCGGCGAAGCUCAAGGCGAUUUCGAGUAUUUCUAGGAUGGGUGAGACUGGCAUUAGAUUGUUUGACUUCUGAUCCAACUUCUAAGAUAUACGUAUAUGCUUCACGCACUGAAGCACUAAUCAAUAUGGAAAGUAUGUAGUGUUUUUUUUCUCCUUUUUCUGAGAAAGAAGUGGUUUUGACGAUCUGUGAGCUUGUUGUAAUCAUUUCCUUCUUCAACACGAUUGCUGUAUGUAUAAUUUCUUUGAA